UUUUGAUUUGAAAAGGUGAAAAAGAAUAAUUUUACUUUACUUAUAUAAUUAUGUAAAAAGUACCACUAAAUGUAUUUUAUUUUUUAGCAUAUUGGAAGAAAUAUAAUAUUUAACUCUACAUAAUAACCUUUAUUUGAAGUUAAAAACUUACAAUGUUAAGAAGAAACAUUUUUAAUAUUUAUAAAACAUGCAAUGUUUACAGUAUACCAAUAUCUUUGGCCACCGAGGCCCAUGUAAUUAUAUUAAAUAAAGUGCCGCGUUUAUUAAAUUUUCAUAGUUUUUCGAAACGGCACAACAUAACCUCAAAGAGACAUACUUAUUCACACAAUGUUAAGCAAGACUUAGAAAAACUUAUAGACGAACCAGAUUAUAACGCAUUUUCUUAUAGAACCCACACAUGCGGAGAACUGAGGCCUAGUCAUGUUGGAGAAAAAGUGUCUCUUUGUGGAUGGGUGCAAUAUCAAAGAAUGAACAAGUUUUUAUUACUCCGGGAUGCAUAUGGUAUAACGCAGUGCAUUGUAGGUGGCGAUACGAAUUGCCCCAAUAUACCAUUGGAAACCGUAGUCAAAAUUGAAGGAAUAGUAGAGUUAAGGCCAAAAGGUAUGAUUAAUUCAGAUAUGGAAACUGGUGAUAUAGAAGUAGUUAUUAAUGACUUGAAAAUUCUUAAUACCGUUAGUAACCUGCCAUUCCAUCUGAGAGAUUACCAGAAACCCAAAGAACAGCUAAGACUCCAACAUCGGUAUAUUGAUCUGAGAUUUCCAGAAAUGCAAUAUAAUUUACGGCAAAGAUCCACAAUGUUGCAUAAUAUGAGGAGGUUUCUUGUUGAGAAACAUAACUUUGUUGAAGUGGAAACACCAACUUUAUUUUGUAGGACACCAGGUGGUGCUAGGGAGUUUGUGGUACCAACACAUCAUUCUGGAUUAUUCUAUUCUUUAGUUCAAAGUCCACAGCAAUUCAAACAAAUGCUAAUGGCCGGUGGUAUUGACAGAUAUUUCCAGGUAGCCAGAUGUUAUAGAGAUGAGAGCACACGGCCAGACAGACAGCCUGAGUUCACACAGCUGGAUUUAGAAUUAUCGUUUACGAACUUAGAUGGAGUAUUAUCAUUGAUUGAACAAAUGCUUUAUACAACUUUUGUAAAGGAUAUCCCCAAACCACCAUUUAAAAGGUUAACAUAUAAAUAUGCUUUAGAAAAUUAUGGCACAGAUAAACCUAAUUUGACUUAUGAUUUAAAAUUUAAAUCUAUUAAACAUUUAUUUAAUGAUAAACUUAAUGAUCCAGUCUUUGGUGCAUAUGUGUUGCCAUAUCCUAAUGAAAUGGGUAAAUUAACAUCAAAAUAUAAAGAAAAAGUCAGAGAGUUGAGCAAAAAUUAUAAAACUAAGAUAGUAUUGUUUGAAAAUAUUUCUAAAGAACUUGGAACUGAUAUUCAUUAUAAAAUCCAAGAUGCAAUUGGUGUGUCAAAUUCAUGUAUAGUCUGUAUAGGUGAUAAUGAAAAUACAUGUUUGUCUCUAGGCGAAGUUCGUGAGAUCAUUGCCUCAUUAUUACUUGAAAAGAACCUGUUAGAAGUAAGCAAUACAAUUGUACCACUUUGGGUGAUUGAUUUUCCUUUAUUUGUUAAAGGAGAGGAAGGUUUAGAGACCUGUCAUCAUCCAUUUACAGCUCCUCAUCCAGAAGACAUUAAUUUACUAAAAACAGAUCCAUUGAAUGUGAGAUCACUGGCAUAUGAUUUAGUAAUCAAUGGUAAUGAAGUCGGGGGAGGUUCAGUCCGAGUGCACAAUGCUGAACAACAAGAAGAAUUAUUGAAGAUACUGAAAAUAGAUGCAACAAAGUUAUUGCAUUUUCUAAAUGCCUUAAAAAGCGGGUGUCCCCCACAUGCUGGAAUAGCUUUAGGUAUAGAUAGAUUAGUGAGCAUAGCAUGUAAUGCAGAUUCUAUAAGAGAGGUUAUAGCUUUUCCUAAGUCUCAUGAGGGAAAGGAUCCGUUAUCAGGCGCCCCGAAUUCUAUAAGUGAAGAUGAUAAAAAAUAUUAUCAUAUAGUUACAACUGACUGAAUGUUUAUAGGAAAAUGUUAAUAAAUUAUGAAUAAAAAUUGUUUUGUUUCUCAAUGGUUCAU